AUGGCUUACCACCACAGCUUAAUCUUCGGCCUUGGCGGGAUUCCGUUGAUGAAAUCGUCAACGGUCACAAACGCCGUCAACGACAAAGAGAACAAACCAGGCGGGUUACCAGAACCAGUUCUCGAGCUCGCGAAAAGAGUGUACUAUAACACCAUUCCCGCAUCGCUUAGCUUGACCGGCGGCGGAACCAUCGGCCGGAGCGGCACCGGAACGAUCGGUAGACGGAAGAAGACCAAGAAAGACCAGCUGGGGUUUCCGCCGACGAAACCUAAUCGAUGCGUCGAAGAAGCCAAGUUCCUGUCGAUUGAGGCUGCUGCCGUCAUGCGGAAGCUGCUGUGGCUGUGGUCCACGAUCAGCCCUGAACAGAUCGAACGGCUGCGGACGAGUCUCCAGGAGGACAAGGCUGUGCUCACGUACGUCUGCCCAGACCCCGCGCACCUGUGGACCCUAGCAGGCUUGGAGCUCAUGAGCUUGGAGCUGAUGGAGGUCUUAGAGAGGAUGGGCGAGCGCGUGGCGGCGAUGGGGCUCAAGUGCGGGGAUAGGCGACUGCACCAGCUGGCGAACGUGUUUGGGGAGAUGCGGCACCCCGAAACCGUCUUCUCCCACUUCAGACUCGACGCGCACGAGCAGGAGACGCUCUUCUGCUUCAUGCAGGAGGAGGUGGAGAAGCUGGGGGACGUGCGCAGUUCCAUGGAGCGACUCAACACUCUGCGCUCGUUGCUCAGGAAGAAGAAGCCUGCACCGGCCACAAGUCUUCUGUCUGAGCUGCAGGCCGCCUCAGCGUACGUCUCUGUGCCUCCCCGUUCAUUGGGUGUGUUCCUUCGUGGGUUACUAGAUCUUGAUGUGCGUCUCGCUGUGCAGUCCCACUGUUACUCACGCCUCUACUGCGCUCUCCUCCGUCCCUCCUCCGUCUUGGAUGCUCUGAGCGAUGGCGAGGGCAAGGAGGCAGAGAAGGAGGGUGACUCGUCCUCUGAAGAAGCCAAACCCCCACUACUCCAUGCCCCUCACAUGCCCCCCUCAUUAUCCCCCCUCCCACCACACGCCGCCACACCUUCCCAUCCCUAUCUACUCAACAACAGAGAUGCGUUGGCCGAUGGCGAGGGCAAGGAGGAGGCAGAGAAGGAUGACGCCCUGGGCGAUGGCGAGGGCAAGGAGGAGUCAGAGAAGGAGGGAGACUCGUCCGCGUGGAUGCCUCGCUGCGACCUGCCAGGAGCAGAGGAGAUUCUCAAACUGACAGCAACGAUAUCAGAGCUGCAGAGCCGGUGCCUGUGGUCUGUUGAGCUGGACCAUGUUGUGCGGCUGUUGGUGCUGGCGAUCAUCCUCCUGAGGGACAGAAUCAUAUCAGUCUUUGCCAUCAACGCGCGCUCCUCCGACGCCUUGACUCGCGAGGGCUCCCUGGGCCGCGCUGGGCUGGCGCUGCGCUACGCCAAGGUCAUUAAUCUAGCAGAGAAGCUCAUGAAGUACCCGUUCAUGGCUGCUGGCAGCACACGAGACGAGCUGGACGAGCUGUACGGCCUCCUGACCUACAGCACCAAGAAGGACCUCGCCCUGCGGCUAUCCCAUCCCAGCUUUAGCGUCGCUGCUUGUUUCCCCUCUUGCAUUUCUUACUCUUGUGUCUCCCCAUCCAGAGACGAGCUGUACGGCCUCCUGACUUACAGCACCAAGAAGGACCUCGCCCUGCGGCUCUCCCGGCCUGUGACCUCCUCCAAGAGCAAAGAACCCAAGGCAGAAGAAACCGCCGACACGCACACAGGGAAGGGCGCUGGCAAGAAAGGGGAAAAGAAGAAGGAUGGAGAUGAGGAUGAGGAGGAUGACGAUGAUGAUGAUGAUGAUGAUGAUGAUGGGUUUACUUGGUUAAAGAAACCUUGUCCGUUCAAUGACCCGCGCGGUCUGGGUGGGAAAGGAGGAGCGGGGAAGGACGGGGAGGAGGAGGACGACGAAGAUAUGGAGGAGUGGGAGAGGCGGAUGCGGAAAGCGUUGAGUCUGCUGCCUCUGCUGGCGCAGCAUACGAUUGCAUGGAAUGAUGCCAUCACUGUGAAGCCGUCGUCGAACCGCAAGGCCACUCGCCUGCUGAGAGUUCAGACGUUGUACCACGCGCAGAAGGCAGUGAUUGAUGCAUCCCUCCUGGACGCCCUGGAAGGGGUAUCCCGCCUCGUUGCCUCCGAUGCCUCCAACCUCACGCAGCUCAACUCCCGCAAGAUGGAGGCCAUGGCUGCUGAGGCCCGGAAAAAGCUCGACAAAACCUCCGCAGAUUCCAAGAAGCCCCGCGCGGUCAUGAUAUCAGGGAUCUUCAAGCCCAAGCGAGCAGCCGCAGGGAUCGUGCACGGCGCGCUGCUGCCUAUGGUGUUUGAGCCGGCGACUGAGGUGGGGAAGGUGACGGAGAAGGGGAAAGCACCGGAGCUGUCGCCGAGGGCUGCUGUGCCUCUGUCUCCCACUGGGGCGUCUGCUGCUGAGCCUGCUGCGAGUUUUCUGGUGAAAUCUGGGUCGUUAGCUUCACUCGAACCCAUUCCUCCUCUGUUGUCUCCUCCCCCUUCUGAGACUCUCUCCACCCCACCUGAUGCCCUCGGCUCACCCAAGAGCCCUCUGAAACCGCGCCCUCCCUCACAGCCGCCCGUGCGCCCCCCUUUCCGUGGCUCUGCUGCUAAUAGCGUAGACUUAACUGGGGGAGGUGACAACCCGAGAUCUCCCAGGGGGUUUGUUCGGGCUGGGGCUGAGGCAACAGGGGGUUCAGCAGGGGCUGGGGGAGAGACGGGGGCUGGGUAUGCGGAUGGGCCGCCUAGAUCGCCCCGUGCUUAUGUGCGUUUUGCUGAUGCUCCUGCUGGUUUGGGCGGCACCUCCUCUCGCCCCACCACGCCUCCCAUGCUCGGCUCUUCCUCCAGUGUCUCCUCUGGAUCUGUCAUGUCCAGCCGCCCUUCCGAUGCCGUCACGUGUGAGUGCCGCACUGGGCUGGGGUUGCGGAGAGACAGGCUUCGGAACGUGUGGAUCGAGAGGGAUGAUGAUGAUGAGGAGUGGGACGGGGAGCGGGACAGGGAGGGGGACGGGCGAAGCCUGAGGGAUGGGGCGGGGGGCGGGGCAACUCCCCCUAGGUCGAGGGGGAAUUCGCUGAGUCGGAGCAUUGGAGGGGCACUGCGGGUGCUGCAGCGGGGAAUGAGCGAGCAGGAGAGGGGCAGGCAUAGUAGCUUGAGGGGAAGUAAUUUGAGCUCUUCCGGUCGAGUAGCCACGCCAGUCUUACCACCUCUUAAGCCUCAUAAACCAUUGUCACAUCGCCAAGCAUCCACUCAACAGAGUCCAGAACGCGUGCAGCUAGCGUCAAUGCCAGAGCAGGAAUCUUCCGACCUGGGAGACAUGGCCAGAUGGCGUCUCGUGUUCAGCACGCUUUUUCACGCUAACGGGUUAGCAGAAGAGGCGGUGGAGAUUCCUAGCCUGCAGGGCACUCAUCAUGUAAGAAAUGGCGGCCUGCUUCCCCUAGUUUCCAUGACGGGAGAAGAGACAAGGAUGGAUGCAGAACAAGUUAACGGCAGAAAGUUCCCCCACCAGCAUGUACUGGGAGUUGCCACCUCUGACCCACCUGGAAGCACUCAGCUCCAGACCAACCUAGAGCCGAAGAAGGAUAGUGAGCUGAGGGACGACUACUAUGUGAAUGUGGGGUACGCCAUCAGAACACUUCGGGAGGAGCUGCCAACUCUCUUUUACCGGGACAUGACAUACGACAUCUACAGGGAGGACAUAACCUUCCAGGACCCGAUGAACACAUUCAAGGGCGUGGACAACUACCGCCUCAUCUUCAAAGCGCUGCGCUUCCACGGAAAGAUCUUCUUCAAGGCGCUGUGUGUGGACGUGCUGCGCGUGUGGCAGCCCAACGAGCGCACCAUCCAGAUCCGCUGGUCCGUCCGCGGCAUCCCCCGCCUCCCCUGGGAGGCCCACGGCCGCUUCGAUGGCACCUCGGAGUACAAACUCGACAGUUCUGGGAAGAUCUACUCGCACAAGGUGGAUAAUAUCGUGAUGAGCGACCCGCCGAAGUAUCAGCCGUUGACGGUUAUGGAGCUGCUGCGUCUGUCAGGGACACAGACCACCCCCACCAUUUCGUGCUCGUGCAGAGUCUCCCAGUCAGUUUCUUCUUCAGCGUCUCCUUUGGAGGGGUCUGGCAGGCCUGGUUUGCCGUCGUUUCAGCAGCUGUUGGCAGAAGGAGCGGUGUUUCUGGCGAUGGUUAGUAGGUUCACCUGGAUCAGGUUUUACUGCGCGCUGAGUGGGACGCUUGCGCUGCAGAAGAGGAGUGGGGGAGGUGACGGCGAGGAGGAAUUGGCUGCUUCGUCAGGCAACGCUGUGGACGUGUUCUUUAGCUCUCCUAUUCUUUCUACUCCAGUCGAUCGAUUCCCUUCCGAUCCUCCUUCAUCUUCUUUCGCGUUUCCACUCUCUAUUGUUUCCCUCUCACACUGUUUGACGCGCUAUCCUCUCCCCCCGGCUUUUCUUCCUCGAUUGUCACGUGGACAGGUGGAGCAGCUGCUGAAGCGGCAGCCAACCGGCCGCGUCAUUGCCACGUGUCGAGAUCCGAUGGGCGCUCAGCACCUGGAUGCACUUCACGACCAGAGCGGUGGACGGCUGGAUGUGAUGCAACUGGAUGUGACUAAAGAGGAUACCAUCGAGGCUGUAGCAGCGGCCGUGCGGCAGAAGUAUGGCAAGUUGGACCUGCUGCUCAACGUGGCGGGUGUGCUGCAUCGCCCCAACGAGCUACAGCCGGAGAGCAGUCUGCACUGGCUGUGCCAGGACGCGAUGUUGCUGGCUUACCGAGUCAACGCCAUGGGGCCCAUGCUCGUGCUCAAGCACAUGAUGCCGCUGCUGGUGACGGGUGGUCACACCAAUCCCAACCGUCCCUACUCCAUAGUGGCCAACAUGAGCUCGCGCACCGGAUCCAUCUCUGAUAACCACAUCGGGGGGUGGUACUCGUAUCGCGCCUCCAAAGCUGCUCUCAAUCAAUUCACCAAGACGGCAGCAGUGGAGUUGGCCGCCCAGAAGAGCCCAGUGGUGGCCGUGCUGCUACACCCCGGCACUGUAGACACCGACCUUACCCGCCCGUUCACUGCGCACUUGCCGGCCGAUAAGAUCUUCACGCCUGAUUUUGCUGCCGAGCAGCUAUUGGGUGUCAUUGAUGGGUUGAGUCCAAGUGACAAUGGGCGGUUUAUCGCCAUUUUGCGCCCCCCGCGCUUUCCGCGAUUCCGCUGUCAGCGUCGUCCCGCGCGCGCUCCAAUGGCUGCGCUUGCCGUGCGAGCCGUCUCCGCCGCUGCGGCGGCUGCGCUGCCGGCUUUCCCGCCGUCGCAUAUGCGCGCUUCGCCAGCAGCCAGAGAAACGUCGCUGCGGAUAGGAGGGCGGGAGAAGCGCGGCUGUAGCAAUGGCGGCUGGAGCUGCGCGGGGAGGAGGGGUAGGGCUGUCGUUGCGCUGGCUGCGCCGCCUGAAACCGUGACUGCGAUUGUGGAGAGCGGAGCUGCAACCAUGGUGUCAGCUGCUGAUUGGACGAGUCACCUCGUGCUCGCCACGCUCAACACAGCUGCCACGCUGGCAUCGGACGGACCAAUAGAAUUGCCCCCCGCUUACCUGGAAGACCCGUGGGCUAUUCCCGAGGUCUCUCCGUUGCAAUCCUUUGCCAGUAUUCUGCUGACCGGGACGAUUGGUGUGCUGCUGUUCCGAGCUAUCAAGAGACGAGCGAGCAAGGUCACAGAAUCGAGCGUCUGGCCGGACUGGAUGACAGCGGACUCAGUUGAGAAGCUGUCAGGCAGACCAGUGGCAGAUGGUCGGGGAGGAGAGAAAGCACGUUGCACAGUGAAACACUCAGUCGAGAAGCUGUCGUCCAAUCCGGUGGUGGAGGAGCGGAAGCGCCGGGCGGCAGAGGAGGCGGCAGAAGCAGCCAAGCGACCGCCGCCCACGGUGCUGAACACGCUGGGCGGCGCACUGGUGGCGGGGUCGAUUGCGAUUGUGCUGUACAAGUUUGCGACGUCCGUUGAUGAUGUGUUUGCGGGGCAGACCCUCUCAACCACUUACACUGUUCGGAACCUUUCCAUUGCUGUCAGGACCAUAGUAUCAGGCCUCGUAUGGCUGGCCACAUUCAUCUUUGCUCUGAACUCCCUCGGCCUCACGCUCUACGCCUUUCAACUGGCGCUGGGUAUUGACUCCCCUAAAGACAGCCCUGUUAGUGGGAGUGGGAGUGAAGCAGAUACAGCGGGAUCCAAAGACAGCGAGGCUAAGGAGGCUGAGGUUCCGGUUGGGAGUGAGGAGAAGAAGCCAUUGGGUUUCGGAGUUCAAGCGCAACCCGAAUUAGCGCCACCAGCGGUAUCAGCGCCAUUGGCGCCAGCAGCACCAGAACCAGCCGAUCCAGCCGGCCAGCCGGCAGUUCAAUCGACGGACGAGGUGCUUCUGGGUCGAGUGGCGGAGAUUGCAGCGGAGCUCAGCCGUCAGAUGCAGGAGGAGCAGGCGCUGCAGCAGUCCCAGGGAGCCAUUCUUGAUCAGCAGGCGCUACUCCUUCCUCCCUCCCCUCCGCUCUCUCCCCUUCUCGUCUCCCCACAGCAAUCGCCACCCUUCCCUCCUCCCGUCCCCCCUCCAGUCGUCCCCUCUCCUCCCUUCCCCCCUCCACCGCCCCUCCGUCCCACGUCGCUCAUCUCACCUCAAUCUCAAGGCGAACCAGGGAGUUUAGGAACCACGGCAGGCGCUGACGAGGUGCUUAUAGGGAGAGUGGCCGCUAUAGAGGAACAGCUGAUGCUGCAGCUUGCAGGGGCUAGUGAAGAGGAGGGGAAGAGGGAAGCUGGAGGAGAGGAAUUAGGAAAGGGCAAGGUCCAGGAGAGAGAGACUAGUCCCCACUUACCUGCGACUCCCACCCCCUCACACCCACCACCCCCCUCUCCUCCUCCCUCACACCCACCUCCCCCCUCUCCUCCUGCCUUAGAGCCCCUCUUUACAGUCACAUCCCUGAACCGAACCAUUCGCAGGGUAGAUCUGAACAAGACCUUUCUAGAAUACCACCACCAUUUCCGGGAAGGAGAGCUCAAGCUACAGUGCUCCGGCGAGCCUUGCCCGAACCUAGGCUCCUGCGGCCCGGAGUUCCCGAACCUGCGCGCCUGCUACUGGCCGAACCUGGUCGACGCGGAGUACCUAUUCCCGGACCAGCCUAUAAACUGCCCGAAAGUGAUGGAUAUGAGUGUAGAAGGAGGAAGGGAGGUGUCGGAUACGAGGUGCACUCAUAAGGGGGAUGACUUGCGGCUGGAUAUGUUUCUUCCGCAGUACUACGAGCUUCGGGACGUGUACUUGGAUGGGGAUGGCCUGGUGUUUAAUGAGUCGGUGUUCUUUGACAGACACAGCUUGCAGUUCUCCUUUGAACCAGGCAAGGCCAAGGUCCAUCACUACGACCGGCUGUUGUCUCUCAUGUACCCCCUGGGCGUCGCAUUCUACCACGUGCUCAUAGAGCUUUUCUCAUUCGAGCCAGGCAAGGCCAAGGUCCAUCACUACGACCGUGUGGUCUCCCUCAUGUACCCACUGGGCAUCGCAUUCUAUCACGUGCUCAUCGAGCUCGUGCCUCACCUCUUUGUGCUCUCUCCUCUGCUGCGAGACAACCCCUCCAUCCCCAUCGCCAUCGCCUCGCACCAGGUGAAGGCGUUCAGCAGUCUCCUGGUGCCCUUCCUCGGUAUCCCAGCCACCGCUCUCAACCUCGCUGUCAUCCCCAACCGACACGCUGAUGUCAAUCUGCUCAUCCACGUGGAUGUCUUGUACCAGUGGGUUCCUUUCCUCACCAGUGUACCAAGCCUGGCCAGUGGUCGCUCUGCCAGUGGGUUCCUUUCCUCACCAGUGUACCAAGCCUGGCCAGUGGUCGCUCUGCCAGUGGGUUCCUUUCCUCACCAGUGUACCAAGCCUGGCCAGUGGUCGCUCUGCCAGUGGGUUCCUUUCCUCACCAGUGUACCAAGCCUGGCCAGUGGUCGCUCUGCCAGUGGGUUCCUUUCCUCACCAGUGUACCAAGCCUGGCCAGUGGUCGCUCUGCCAGUGGGUUCCUUUCCUCACCAGUGUACCAAGCCUGGCCAGUGGUCACUCUGCGCCCGCCAUGUGGGGGGAGCUGCGCCACCGCAUCCUGCUGCCCCACUGUCCCCUUCACAACCCCUGCCCCUCCUUCCCUUCGCCCUCUCUUUCCAUAAACUCCCCUUCCCCACCACCCAGCCAGUGUACCAGGCGUGUGGUCGCUCCGCACCUGCCAUGUGGGGCGAGCUGCGCCGCCGCUUCCUUCUCCCCCCUGCCGGCCUGCCCCUCUUCCGCCCUGGCCUGGUCCCACGCCACAACCACACCCACUUUCUCCCACCUACUGCUGAUUCACCAGCCACCACCACCCCCACCAGUGCUGACAGCAGCAUCCCUGUUAGGGCUGGUGACAUCAGCGAGACGGAUGUGCCCCUGUGGUCUGACGCGCAGACCGCCCGGCUGCCGUACAGCUGGCGCGCCGUGAUUGCGCACCGGCGCGGUGCGAUGCGCCACCUGGCGGCGUUUGAUUCGCUCGUGGCGGAGAUGAAGCGAGUUUUUCCGCCGCAGAGGGUGUUUGUGUUCGAAGGGGACCUGCCCAUCCUGCAAGCCAAACUCCUCUUCAACCGAGCAGCGGUCUAUGUGGGCUUGCACGGAGCAGGCCUCUCCAACAUGAUCUUCAUGCCCUCCAAUUCCUCCGUCUUCGAAAUCCGACCCAGGGAUUACCCCAACCCCUGCUACCACCACUUAACCAUGGCUACGCAACAGAACUACUACCUGGUGUUUGGAAAUGGGACCAAGGAUUCGGAGCUGAGGUAUAACAUGAGUGAGGUGGUGAGUGUUUUGAGGGUGAUAGCGGAUCAGACUAAAAGGAGGGUGUCUGCAAGGUCCUGGGAGGUGGAGGAAAUAGGGCCGCGGGCCGGAGUGGGCCGCGGGGGUGCCUGGGGCUGCACCAUGUUGGGUGCUACAGCCGCCCACUGUGCUACAAUCCGAUGGCUGGAGGAUGGAGGGGAUGAAGGGGAUGGGUGUGUAGAGGGUGAGGAGGAAAGGGGUGAGUGGAAAGUGUUGUUGCACACACGAGCAACUAUGCCAGCUGGGGUUGCAUCAUGUGCUACAGCCGGCCACUGCGCUACAAGCGGGCGGCUGGAGGGUGGAGGGAGAAGAGAAUGCUAA